AGUGGGUGACAUAUCCUAUACAAACGAUCGGAAGUCUCUUCUAUCUCAGCUCAGAAUGUGUAUUUUCUUAGUUUGAUCGUUAUGGAGUAUUUGAGUGUUUUGUUUCUGAUAUUUAUUGUGUGACACGCUCCACCUUCUCAAUUCGGAGGAACAACAACGAUUGAAAAAGUCAUCGGAACAACGGCAUCAAAUCCAAGAUUUACUGGUAGAAGUAAUAUCGUUUUUUCCAUGUACGUACGAGAUAGUGGAUGAUCAAUAUAUACAGUAAGGACAAAGAAACGAAGGGAGAUUCUGGUGUUUGGCUCAGAAUAAAGAGGUACUUAGAAGUCGCAAAUGGUACCGUCGCUAUUCUUCCAAUCCCGCAGGUGCUAUUUCUAAUUAUCAUCUUUUCAAAAAUGAGAGGUCCCAAAUCUUUGAACACGAGGAAAGUCUUGAGCGCUGUUGUUUUAGUCCAAUAUCUGCCAAGAGCUCUUCGUGUCUACCUGUCAUGGACAGAAGUAAUCAUCCACAGGAAUAUUAUGAUUAAGCCAUCUAAAAGCAUCAUAGCAGUGAAAGCUGGAUUCAACUUGUUUCUAUUCAUUAUUGCCAGUCAUUUCUUUCGGUUCAAACCUUCAAACAAGUCCGCAUUUCUGGGAGAACGUCUUCGCAGUUUCAACUUCCAUCUCUGGCUUGGUUCUGUUUAUGUGCUUCCUUGGACAUUUGCAGAUGUAUAUGCAGUGGGAGGCAUCUAGGCAGUUGGAGGAGGCAUCUGGGCAUGGGCAGUUGGAGGA